CCCAGCCUCUCCGCGGCGCUCCCAGGGCUUCCCGCCGGGACCAUGCGCCGCCGCGAGCUCCCACUCGUUCUGCUGGCGCUGGUCCUCUGCCAGGCGCCCCGAGGGCCAGCGGUCCCUGUGCCGGUGGGAGGAGGGACCGUGUUGGCCAAGAUGUACCCGCGCGGCAACCACUGGGCGGUGGGGCACUUAAUGGGAAAAAAGAGCACAGGAGAGUCGCCACCUAUUUCUGAGGGAGGGAGCCUGAAGCAGCGGCUGAGAGAGUACAUUCGGUGGGAAGAUGCUGCCAGGAAUUUGCUGGGUCUCCUAGAAGAAAAGGAGAACAGACGCCUCCAGCCACCUCCCCUGGACCCCCUGGGCAAUCACCAGCCUACUUGGGUCAGCAGCUUCAAAGAUGUAGGUUCAAGACGCAAAGCUGGUAGAUUCUCUGCUCCAGGUUCUCAACGAGAAGGAAGGAACUCCCAGCUGAAUGAACAAUGACAAUGACCAUCUCUCUGAAAGGAGAAAGCAAAACCCUUAAGAGACUGCAUUCUGCGAACACCGAUUCUACUGGAUCAUCAAGAUUUCCUUUGUGCAAAAUACUUAACUGUUCUUGUACCUUUCAACCUUGACUAAAUUCAUGAUCUUCAAGCAGCAUCUUCUGGUUUGCACUUGUUUGCUUUGUGAACAAUUCUCCAAAAAGAGUCUUCCAAUUGAUGCUUUUUACAUCUAGGCUCUUUGUUGAUUAGAUUGAAGGCCCCAAGCUGUUACCAUUCAUAAUAAAAGCUUAAACACAUUGUCCAAAGG